AUGCCUUUCCCUGUGUGCCGCCUGGCCCUGCCCCCGCUCCUGGGCCUGCACCCCUCCAUCUGCCGCCGUUCUCUGAAUUCCUCCACCUCCAGUCUGUAUGAUGUUGUCAUUUCUGGUGGAGGAAUGGUGGGAACCGCCAUGGCCUGCGCUCUGGGUUCCAACCCUCAUUUGCGCCACAAGAAGAUUCUUCUGCUGGAGGCAGGACACAGGAAAGUGUAUGACCACUUACCAGAGCAGUUCAGUAACAGAGUCAGUUCUAUUACACCCGGCUCGGCCACCCUUCUGGCCAGCUUUGGGGCCUGGGAUCAUAUCUGUGCCAUGAGGAUGAAACCAUACAAAAGAAUGCAGGUUUGGGAUGCCUGUUCUGAUGCUCUAAUUACAUUUGACAAAGAAGGUUUGGAGGAUAUGGGAUACAUCAUCGAGAAUGACGUCAUUACAGCCGCACUGACUAAACAGAUGGACGCCAUGACAGAUCGCAUUGAGGUCCUCUACCGGAGUCGGGCUGUGAACUACACCUGGCCAGCACCUUACCACGAUGAGGAGGGAAGCAGCUGGGUGCAGAUACAGUUGGCAGAUGGACAGAAACUGCACACAAGACUUCUGAUUGGAGCAGAUGGACAGAACUCUAUGGUCCGUAGCACAGCCGGGAUGAAAACCAUUAAGUGGAGUUACAACCAUGUUGCUGUAGUUGCUACUCUGCAGCUGUCUGAGCUCACCGACAACAAUGUAGCCUGGCAGAGGUUCCUUCCCACUGGUCCCAUUGCUCUUCUCCCUCUUUCAGAUAGUUGUAGUUCAUUAGUCUGGUCCACGUCUCCUGAACAUGCUGCUGAACUUCUUAAGAUGGAUGAUGAAACCUUUGUUGAUGCUGUCAAUUCAGCUUUCGAGAGCAGCGAGCACCACUCAGAAUUCAUCUCCUCUGCCAACUCCAUGCUCCGCUCAGUCCUAUCUCUCCUCAUGCCGAGUGGAACCCCUGCACGCCAGCUUCCUCCCAGUGUCUCUGGUGUCGGUGAGAAGAGUAGGGCUGCUUUUCCGCUGGGAUUAGGUCACGCCACCGAAUAUGUGCGUCAGCGGGUUGCUUUAAUUGGAGACGCCGCACACAGAGUCCACCCACUGGCGGGACAGGGAGUGAACAUGGGCUUCGCUGAUGUGGCCAGUUUACUCAAUCAUCUGAGCAGCGCUGCAUUUGAUGGACGAGAUUUAGGAUCCACAAGACAUCUCUUGGCAUAUGAGACAGAACGGCAACGCCAGAACCUCCCAUUAAUGGCUGCUAUUGACUUGCUGAAAAGAUUAUACAACACCAAGCAGCCUCCAGUUGUUCUUUUGCGCACUCUUGGUCUCCAAGCAACAAAUGCAAUGACACCUCUAAAGGAACAGAUAAUGGCGUUCGCCAGUAAGUGA